AUGACAGAUAUUUUGGCAGAAGAUAUAAAAAAUAAUAAUAAGGCUUUACAAUUUGAACUUGAAGUAAAAAACAUUUUGGAAUUAUUUCAAGAAAAAGAAUCUGAAACUAAUUGGAGAAAUUUUGAGGGAGCAUUGAUACGACUAAUUGAAAUAACUCGUGAAGGAGUUUCUCAUUAUGAAACAGAAUAUAUUUCUGGGAUCAAGUCUUUAAAACAACCAAUUCAAAAUUCGAUUCUUACAGAAAGAACUAAAUUGUCAGGAACAGCAACUGAAUUGGUCGAAGAAAUUUCUAAAUCACUUGGUCCAAAUUUUGAUUCAUUAGCCGAGUUAUUUGUACCCGACAUUCUCAAACUUUGUAAUCGUACAAACAAAUUGUUUGGUACAAGAGCAUAUAAAUGUUUGGAAACAAUAAUUAAAGUGUCCAAAUUAUCAAGCCUCAUACCAAAAUUUAGAGAAGCAAUGCAAAGCCAAAGUAAAUUAUUGAAAACAAAUGUAGCAAAAUUGACAUUGACAAUUUUAGAGGAGGACGUUACAGGUCUAGAAAAUCAUAUUGUUGAUCUAGAAUGGAUUAUUCAUUUAGGUGUCAUAGACUCAACAUUAGAAGUUAGGACUGCUUCAAAAAAAUCCUUUGAAGUUUAUAAAUCCAGAUUCGGUUCAAGAAAAAACCUUGGCAUUAUAAAUAAAGCACAACCAACUAAAUUUUCACGCCAACCUAUUCGUCGUAAUCUACAAAAUCGUAAAGAUAAUGGACAUGAUGAUGAUAUUGUCAUAUUUACUAACAAUGAAAAGAAACAACAAAAUGAUGAUGACUCAUUUAGUACUGAUAUAAGUUCACCACUGUAA